AUGUUGGCCGCGCUCCGAUCCCACUACUCGGACGAGGACGGGGUGGGGGCGGUGACGGCGGUGUGGGUGCAGUGCGCGUCGGGGAACAACUACACCUUCUCCAACUACUCGGACGCGCUCAAGUCGCUGAUGGGCCUCACCCAGCUGCAGCUCAACAGCCUCUCCGUCGCCAAGGAUGUCGGCAAGAUAUCGGCAUGGGACUAUUUUUCAUUUCCCUUUAACAAUUAUGUAUGCAUUUCUCUUCACAGGAAAUACGGUACGCCGAGGCCCGUAUGGAAUGCGGCCUCGCAGAUCCUAAUGGCCGUCGGAUACGUCGUGAUGGCCCUGGCCCUGCCGGGCUCCCUCUAUGUCGGCUCCAUCGUCGUCGGCCUAUGCUACGGCGUCCGCCUCGCGGUCACCGUCCCGACCGCAUCGGAGCUCUUCGGCCUCAAGUACUACGGCCUCAUCUACAACAUCCUCAUCCUCAACCUCCCCCUCGGCUCCUUCGUCUUCUCGGGCCUCCUGGCGGGCAUCCUCUACGACUCGGAGGCGACCGGGACAGCCGGCGGCGGCAACACGUGCGUCGGGGCCCACUGCUACCGGCUCGCGUUCGUGGUCAUGGCCGGCGCGUGCCUCGUCGGGUUCGGUUUGGAUGUGUUGCUGGCGUUCCGGACCAGGAAGGUGUAUCUUAGGAUCCAUGCCAGCAAAAAUUUGAAUAGAAAUAAGGAGGGAAAAGAGGGAGCUGGGAAGAGCUAA